CUCCGGACACAAAGCUGUCAGGUCUCGUCCCUGUACUCUGUUUUAUUUGCGUGUCAUUCCCUUGGGAGGACCCGCCCCUUAUCGUAGCGAAAGUGAUCUUGUUUACUACUUACGACAAUUCGUGAAACCGGUUUUGGGUUUGCAGUUUAACAUCGCAUUACACACAUUUUUUCCAUUCGAAAGAGCUUUUACUUUUUUCAUUAACUUUCAAAAAUUCUACGAAUUUCGUUCGAAAUUUUGUUUCUUUCUGGAUCUCUUCUUCAUCUCCGUCGUAACAACACACAAAGCGUCAAUCCUCGGUCGGCCAAAGAUCGACUAAACCAGAAUGGCACGAAAGAAUAGGAGCUUCACACGCCAUCUCUUCUUACUGUCCCAAGCGCGCCUGAAUGAAGCUGUGCACGUACCCCCUGUUUCGGAGGAAAAUGUCGAGGGUCUGUCCACAGUUAUUGAAGAAGAAGAAACCCAGAUCCGAUCAUUCCAAAAAGCCAGCAGUGCUUUCAUGAUGUUUUCCCUGCAUAGUUUUCUGUGCUGAAUGCGUUUGUACUCAAUCCGAUAUGAAUAUUGAGUGAGGUGGCUUUGACCUACUUUCUCUUACUGCUAUUGGCCGUGCUGGUACAGCUUCAAUAUAAUGCUAUGCAGGGAAAAACGGCUGUCGCUGUGGUGAUCACUGCACUGCUAGCUCUUGCAUUUUGAUAGCACCGGACGGGCCUGCGGGACUCUCGUCGGGCGGUUCCGAGGGCAGAACACCCGCCGCAAAAGGUUUCCUGGCGCGAAGAGACCGACCCGCGGGCAGCAUUUUCCAGGCCGCUUUUCUGCGGGCGAAAGAACCCGUCUCUGAAGUGACGGAGCCAGUCGCUGUCGCGGUUACGCCCGGCGGGGAGCAGUUGGGUGAGGACGGCGCUACAGAUGAUGAGAGAAGCAGUCCUGCUGUCGAUUCGUUGACGACGUUGCCGCUUCGUGUGGAAGGCGGCACCAGCGAGGAGGUUGAAAGUGGUUUUACUGAAACAGAGGUGCUAACAUCGUCGGUGACUUUAGGCGCUUUGCAAAACCUCGACCUUUUGCAGCAGCCGCCAGCUUUGCAGAAAGUGAACCAGCUGGCAUUAUUAGAGCCUGAGAAGGGGCAGCAGAAGCAGAUGCAGCCACCAUCGCAGAUGCAGGCUUUGCAGAAGCCGAUGCGAAAAGGACAAGUUUCUCCACGCCCGCCGGCCACACGACCGCACGUCUUCUUCUGGAAACACACUCCGCAGUAUGAGCUCUCGUCUAUGAACGCGAUAUCGCCCCGACUCCUUUGCACCAGGAAGUCGAUAAACAUCAAUCGAAGGAGGGUUUGGUAUCGUGCAUCAUAAAUUUAGAGUUAACCUGUAUACGAAUAAAACAUGAAACGAGCCCGCAUUUGCUCGUUGCUCGACAAAUUCGGUAUGGUCGCUGCUUCGAGCAGAAGUUAUGCGCGUCCCACGUUUUUCAAGUACAAGUACUUAGUGUGAUGGGAGGACGUAUGCGUGUUGACGUACUAGAAGUUGCUGUCUGAAGCCUCAUCCUGAAUUUGAGUCGGGACUGGAGUAAAAUUGUUGCGUGCAUGGCCAUAAAGUUGCUCCAAUGAAAUGCUGUAAGGUGGUUUAAGAGUCACCUAGGUGCAGGGAGUUGUUUUACCUUGACACUGAUGUGGAGUUCGGAGACUGGCUUUGCAGGGUCGACGCGUCAUGCUAUCUUCGAGCCGAUCAAGGCUUUCAGCAUCCUAUCGCUAUCGAGACAAACAUCUCGGCACCUGAGCAUUUUGCCUGGCGAAAUGAAGAAUUGGGAACUCGACCCGGAGACAGCAAGACUCGCUGGUAAGGUCAGAACUGAAAAUGACCCGAGCUGGACCAGGGAUGAUCGGAGGCUACGGUUUAGCGUCGCGGCACUCCUGACUGUGGCCAGCUUCAUGAGUGGUGGAGCUGCCCUGGCCUUGCCUGUUUUGGCUGCGGCAAAAGCCUCGUUCGAGGCCACGUUGUUAUUUUGGCCGUAUGCUAACGAAGGAAUCUGGCGCACAACGUUGGUUGAAGACACUCGGGCCGCAAACCAGGGUUCGGUACAGGUAAGAGGGGCCCUGGAGCCGUUGUACAAGACAUUCAAUCCACUGCAUCUUAAGUCACUACAAUUGAGCUGGAUGUAUCCUCUAGAAAUUGAUGUUUGUUCGUUUCAGAGACGUGAAAGUAAGACACAUGAAAACGAAAAGUAGCACCGGCGCCAUGACCACGCGCGGAGGAGUACUUAGCGUAACUAUCGACUAUAGGCAUGAUGCUAGUAGACAUCAUUUUCAAGAAUUUGCUGGCGGCAAAAACAAUUUCAAAGAGGAUACAAUCAUCUACAUGCGCUACUGCCCCCACUUUGAGCAGGUCAAGAAAACGGACAAGUUGACACCCGAAGAACAAGUUACGGAGAGCGUAUUCGACGUGAUGAUGGUUCGCAACAUCGAGAGACUUUCGAAGAAGAAAGAAUUUCCGCUGGCAAAGGAAGGACCAACGGAAGCGAACCCGUUAGGGCGGAAUCCCCUCUUUCCGUGCUACAAAGUCACGAAAGCGUUUUGGUCUUCGAACGACGAGUACAGUGUUCGUCGAAUCACUGGACUGAGUAUGAAAGUGAGACGAAACCCGUAGCAACCCUGCCAGCAUUCGCACCUCUUUUUUUUUGCGCAUGCGGGCAUGGGGGCUACCGCUUUCAAGUCGAUAAUCGAGGAGGAGAAAGCCCACACACUCGCAGAAGAAUUGCGGGGCCAGACUUUGGAGACUGAGGUGAAGAGUCUAUUCACGAUGUGGAAAGAUACGUAUGCCAAGGUCGAUUUGUUGAAGAUAGAGGUAUUAAUUUCAUGUUCAGCUUUUUCCUUAAUUCGCUUCUUUGCUGCUUUCCCCAGCAUUGCCACCCGUUCCGAGAAGACUUAGCAAAAAUGCAACUAAUGACAGCGGAGCUUUGAAGAAAAAAUGAUAUGUCUUGUUUCAUACAGUAGAUGCUCUUUGUCGCGGAGGUGGAGGAGCUAGUAUCUAUGAAUAGGCGCAAAUGCCUGCUGCAGGACAGUGGUAGUGCAUUCAAUUUUCACCUCCGGUGAAUUCGUGCUCAAAAGCAAUGUAGUGAUAUCUCUAGCUUUGCGAAAAACGACAUUCAGGAGAAGGCAUCAUUUGUGCUGAAAGCAUGGAGCCUUGAGGCUCCAGCAGCCGGUGCGCAGGCCCUCAUCGCUGGGAGGAAGCCAAUCGACCAUGGAGAGGGAGGCGCCACUACGGCGUCAUUUUUGAAAAACCCACUUGCGGCAGUCAGAUCAUACGUGACGGGUGCCAAACUAUAUUAUGUACCCAGCCAGAAGACGAAGAAGGUGGCGAAGCUUGAUGAUGAAUCUCUCGUAUCUAGUAUUGUUGAAGCGGCGCCGGGGGAUCUUGAUUCCUCCUUUUUCCAGAUUUACCCCACCGCAAGCGGUUUGUUCCGCCCAACCGCUCACAACUCUGCAUUUGCGCAAAUGGGUAUGCCCGCUGUGGAGGCAAUGAAGCACGCGGAGGAUUUGACAUUUCUCUUACGUGCGAUCCAGAUGCGAGUGGCGAAAAUGAAGUUCGCCUUGGGCCAGCGAAGUGGGUUGAAGAAGCAUGAAGAGUCAUCUGGAUAG